UAAAGCGGUAUCAGCUCUGUAGACUCCAUCCCUCAAGCACACCCUCGUUGAUUCCGCCGCCCAACACCCCAACACAGCCACCAAAAUGAAGACCUUCGCUCUUACCUCCAUCAUCGCCCUGGCCACUGUUGCCUCCGCCCAGCUCGACAAGAUCCCCUCUUGCGCCCUAAACUGCUUCGUUGGCCCCCUGACCAGCGACGGCUGCGCCUCGCUCACCGACUUCGCCUGCCACUGCAAGCAAGGCGCAACCCUACUGUCGACUGUCCAGCCCUGUGUAAAGGCUGCCUGCAGCGCCGAAGACGAGGCCACGACCGUCGCCGCCGUCGAGUCGACGUGCGAGGAAGCUGGCGUGCCGAUCGAGAUCCCCAACGUCUCCUCGGCGGUCGCAUCGGCUACUUCUGCUGCCGCCAGCGCCGCAUCUUCUGCUGCCAGCGCCGUCGAGUCCGCGACUUCUGACGCCGCGAGCGAGGCCACCUCUGCUGUUUCCGCUGCUUCAUCGGCCGUCGAGAGCGCCGCCUCCAGCCUCGCCAGCGCUGCGUCAAGUGUUCUUGUGUCUGUCACCUCAGCUGCUAGUAGCGCUGCUGCGAGCGGUUCUGCUGCUGCCAGCUCCAGCGUCAGCGAGUUCACCGGUGCUGCGGCGCAGGCUACCCAGGCUGCUGGACUCCUCGGUGCCGCUGCCCUUGCUCUUCUCGCUUUGUAAACAACAGGGUUUCGGCCUUGAACGAGCAUGGGUGAGAAGCGACGAUGGUACGACGGAAUGGUAAUGUGGUGGUAAUAAUGUGAUUGUUGUAUUAUAAGCGAGCAAUUAAAUUACGAUGCUUGUAUGCUUCUUAAAUCCCGU